GGUGCUUUUCUCAGGGUAUCCCGUGCCACCGAAGCAAGGCGCUUUUGUUUUUCCUGCGAAAAAAUGUCGGAAAAGACCAAACCAAAACAAAAAAUACACUCCAACAAGCGCUUCCAGUUUCUUCACAGCAAGAUAUCUGUAUAUUGAUAGUCCUCCUGGAUAUUUUUUAGACACGAUUUGCACCCCGAUGGUGUUUUUUAAUUGUUAGAUUGCUCGAUAGUUCUUGGGAGCAGCCGAGAUUGUAAGGCGGAACAGGAUUUUAUGGGAAAGGGUGAACUUGUGAGGAUGUUACUUUGGCAAUGGAAGAACGAAUACGGAUUGGAAAUGACGCCGAUAUUUUCUAUAAUUAGCUCUAAUCUGGGACCUUAACUGGUCAUAGCCAUAUUUGCAAGGUGAAAACGGGUGUUGCUGGAAACGUAUCUUCCAGAAUUGCUCCAAAGUGUUGACAGGGUUGGAAUUGAAAAUGGCGGCCGGGCGGCCCACCCCCCCGGCGUUGCUCCUGCUGGUCCUGAGCGUCGUAGGUCUGGACUCCUGCCCGACUCCGUGCUCCUGUCCCGGCCCCACCAACAAAGCUCACCUGCUGGACUGCAGCCGGAAAAGGUUGUCGGCAGUCCCGGGGAACCCGCCUGCGUGGAUCACCCAGCUAAAUAUGAAUAACAAUGAAUUCACCUCGAUUCCAUUCCUGGGAGAUGUGACUUAUAACAUCACCACUCUGUCACUAGUCCACAACCGCAUUUCAGAACUGGUGACCCAGCAGCUGCAGUCCUAUGUCUCACUGGAGUCGCUAGAUCUCAGCUCCAACUCCAUCUCUGAGCUGAAGGCUGGGGCCUUUCCUCCCAUGCAGCUUAAGUACCUGAAUUUAAGCAAUAAUAAGAUCAGUAACCUGGAACCUGGCUGCCUUGACAAUGUGUCCCACUCCCUGCUGGUCCUGAAGCUGAAUAGAAACAGGAUCUCUGCACUACCCCAGAAAGGCUUCAGGCUCUCUCAGUUGCACUUCCUGGAGCUGAAGCGGAACAGGAUAAAGACCGUGGAGAGUUUGACCUUCAAAGGGCUGGACUCGCUGAAGUCGCUGAAGAUGCAGAGGAACGGCAUCACCAAGCUGAUGGACGGGGCCUUCUUCGGCCUCGGUGGCAUGGAGGAGCUGGAGCUGGAGCACAAUAACCUGACGGAGGUGACGAAGGGCUGGCUGUACGGCCUGCGGGGCCUACGCUCGCUCCGCCUGGCGCACAACGCGAUCAGCAGCAUCCGCCCGGACGCCUGGGAGUUCUGCCAGCGCCUGGAGGACCUUGAUCUGUCUCAGAACCAGCUGAGUCGGUUGGAGGAGAAGGCCUUUGCUGGGCUGGGCCUGCUGGAGAAGCUCAACCUGGGGGAGAACGCCAUCAGUCACCUGGGGGAGGGAGUGUUCAGCACGCUGGCCAACCUGCGCACGCUAGAUAUACGAAAUAAUGAGAUCUCCUGGGCUAUUGAAGACUCCAUCGGGGUGUUUGAUGGAAUGAAGAAGCUGAACACACUGGUUCUGCAGAGAAACGGUAUCAAAUCCAUCACCAGGAAGGCCUUCGAUGGGCUGGAGGCCCUGGAGCACCUGGACUUGAGUAAGAAUGGGAUCAUGUCCGUGCACCCCGAGGCUUUCUCCCACAUGAAGCUGAAGACCCUGCUGCUGAACUCCAGCAGUCUGCUGUGUGACUGCCAGCUGCAGUGGAUGGGCGGAUGGCUGACCGCCAGCGGCUUCCAGCACUCGGUCGCGGCCGUCUGUGCCCACCCGGCCAGCCUGCUGGGCCGCCCCGUCCUGUCUGUGAGCCCGGACCUGUUCGUCUGUGAUGACUUUCCAAAGCCCCGGAUCGCGGAGCACCCGGAGACGAUGGUGGCGCUGAGGGGGACCAACGUGACCCUGAGUUGCCGGGCGACGAGCAGCAGCGACUCCUCCAUGAGCACGGCCUGGCGCAAGGACGGGGAGCUGCUCUACGAUGCCCAGGUGCAGAACUUCGCCCGCUACCAGCAGGGGGAGCUGGUGUACACCACCGUACUGCACCUGCUCAACGUCAACUUCACCGAUGAAGGCCGCUACCAGUGCGUGGUCACCAAUCACUUCGGCUCCAACUACUCCAGUUGGGCCAAGCUCACUGUCAACGAGCUGCCGUCCUUCCUGAAGACGCCGAUGGACCUGACCAUCCGCACAGGCACCAUGGCGCGGCUGGAGUGUGCGGCUGAGGGCCAUCCUGCGCCCCAGAUCGCCUGGCAGAAGGACGGGGGCACAGACUUCCCCGCUGCCCGCGAGCGCCGCAUGCACGUCAUGCCCGAUGAUGACAUCUUCUUCAUCGCCAACGUGAAGACCGAGGACAUGGGCGUGUACAGCUGCACUGCCCAGAACGCGGCCGGCAGCCUCUCGGCUAACGCCACACUCACUGUGCUGGAAACGCCGUCCUUCCUGCGCCCCCUGGAGGACCGCACAGUGGCGCGCGGCGAGACGGCGGUCCUGCAGUGCAUCGCGGGCGGAAGCCCCGCCCCCCGCCUCAACUGGACCAAGGACGACGGGCCGCUGGUCCUGACCGAGCGCCACUUCUUUGCCGCCGCCAACCAGCUGCUGAUCAUCGUGGACGCGGGUCCCGCCGACGUGGGCAAGUACACCUGCAGCAUGUCCAACACGCUGGGCACCGAGCGCGGGCACGUCUACCUCAGCCUGUCCCCCGCCCCCAACUGCGACCCGCCCGCCGCCUACACGCAGGACGGCUGGACCACCGCCGGCAUCGUCAUCAUCGUGGUGGUGUGCUGCGUGGUGGGGACCUCGCUCGUAUGGGUCAUCGUCAUCUACCACAUGAGGAGGCGGAGUGAAGACUACAGCAUCACGCACACAGAUGAGAUGAACCUGCCAGCGGACAUCCCCAGCUACCUCUCCUCCCAGGGCACGCUGUCUGAGCCCCAGGACGGCUUCAGCGGCUCUGAGGCGGGCAGCCACCAGCAGCUCAUGCCCCCGCUGCCCAACGGCUGUGCCCACAAGGGCCCCGACGGUGUGUGCUACGGGGACACGGCGGGUGGUGAGGCAGAUUCGGAGGGGAGUGGGGUUCUGCAGGCCCGUGUGGGGUCCCUGUUCCCCCGGCACAGCAGCUUGCACCCUGCAGACCCUCGGGACGGGCUGUCCGGGCCCCCCGCGGGUGGUGCCGGCUCGUUGGUGAUCUGUUCAGAUUGCUAUGACAACGCUAACAUCUACUCGCGCACGCGGGAGUACUGUCCGUACGCCUACCUGGCGGAAGACGACGCGCUGGAAAAAGGUGCGGCUGGCGAGGGGGCCCUGGGGCCGGAGCCAACGCGGGACGGCCUCCUCCACAGCCAGGACCCCCCCGCCAUCUUCCGCAGCCAGGACCCCCCCGCCAUCUUCCACAGCCAGGACCCCCCCGCCAUGUUCUGCUCCAGCGGCCACGGCGAUGUCCCUCGGUCGUUUUGGGGGGACAGCCCUUCCUCUCUGGGGGGGGGACCCCAGGGACGUUCUCGGCUGGCGGUCAGCGUUCAUGAGGAGCCCCGACUCGGUGGGGGGGGGCGGCGCAGCGAUGCGGAGGGUGUCCCGGACAGAGAGGCCCUUCCUGGCCCCCGCACACAGGACCACUGCACUGCCUCCAACAGGACUAACCCCCCCCAGGAGCACAGGGGUCCCACAUAGAGCCCCCCCUUACCACCUCCUCCUGACCUUCCCUCUGUCACUGCAUCUACACACACACACUCACAUACACACACACACACUCACAUACCCUCUCACACACACAAACACUCACACACACACACACCCUCUCAUGCUCACACACACUCAAAUACGCUCUCUCACACACACACUCACAUACCCUCUCACAGGCACACACACACACACACACACACAGGGACAGAGGGAUGUCUUGCUAUCUGCAGUUUUCUAUGUUUACAUUCCCCCAGUGACCUUCGUCUCCUUUUUUAAACUCUACUCUAAGCUGGAAAAACAGCGACUGGACAGGUAGUCUUCAGUCCAACACCCUGCAGCCAUGCCUGGGCGGGGCAGCGGGUGGGGCAGUGGCAGGGCUGUGGGCGGGGCAGUGGCGGGGCUGUGGGCGGGGCAUGGUGAUGACUGUGUUUCUGGAGGAGUAGUUUCAGAGCCUUCGCACUGCAGGACUCUUCUCUGCAGCCCCACUGUUCCACGCAGGACACCUGCCUUCAUCUUCAUCUUCUUCCUCUGGCCUUCCACUAAAGGUACUAGGAGACAACCCGUCCCCUUCCUUUCAAAAUGGGGUCUUGGAGGAGCCCCAAGCCUCAAAAGACUCUUAGGGGAGAUUAAGAAAGCUCUGGACCUGUUGCUUUCAUGGUACAGGGUUCGGGGGCGUGGUCUAUCGCCUGUCAAUCAUCCGUUUCUACAUCCAGUCAUUGUUACCUGUUGGCCAGCUCGCCCCCUAAAGCCCGCCUCCAGCAGUGACCCUCCCACUGUGCUGGCCUCCAAUCAUAUUCCUUUAGCGGCCUUCUAAACUGCUGGGCUUUUUUGUUGGUGUAUACAUGCGUGUGCGUGUGUACACGCAAAGGCAUGAGUCAUAUUGUAUUUUUUUAAAGAAAGCAUAUCAGGCAAGCUAAAGAAAUGUUAUAUUGCACAUUUUACAGUUGUGGUGUUGUUGACAGUUUGUUCGGAGUUGUCAAACCUGUGUGUUUGUGUAUGUCUGUGUGUAUAUUAGCACAUGGUUCUGAAUCAGUGUGUGUGUGUGCGCAUGUGCUUGUGUGUGCUUGUGCGUGCUUGUGCGUGCUUGUGUGUGUGUGUGCGCGCG